AAAAACCUGUAGAGCCAAACUCAACUCUCUGCUUUAUCUGUCGCUGGGCUGUGAACCUGUGGUUUCGGUAUUUCAUCGUUCGCGGUUUGAAAAAUGGGGAGAAAUUUUUUCGUCGGCGGCAACUGGAAAUGCAAUGGAACAGUUGAGGAGGUGAAGAAGAUUGUUACUGUUUUGAAUGAGGCUGAAGUUCCGUCCGAAGACAUUGUGGAGGUUGUGGUAAGUCCUCCAUUUGUGUUUCUUCCUUUGGUAAAAAGUUUAUUAAGGUCUGAUUUCCAAGUUGCGGCACAAAACUGUUGGAUUCGGAAAGGAGGUGCUUUCACUGGUGAGAUCAGUGCUGAGAUGCUUGUCAAUUUGGGCAUUCCUUGGGUUAUUCUUGGUCAUUCUGAAAGAAGAAGUCUUUUAGCUGAAUCAAAUGAGUUUGUUGGAGAUAAAGUUGCAUAUGCACUUUCCCAAGGCUUGAAAGUGAUUGCUUGUGUUGGGGAGACUCUUGAGCAGCGAGAAUCAGGAUCUACAAUGGCUGUUGUUGCUGCACAAACUAAAGCGAUUGCAGAAAACGUGUCAAGCUGGGAUAAUAUUGUUUUGGCUUAUGAACCUGUUUGGGCCAUUGGCACUGGAAAGGUUGCAACCCCUGCUCAGGCACAGGAAGUCCAUUGUGAAUUGAGGAAAUGGCUUCAUGAUAAUGCUGGAGAUGAAGUUGCUGCAUCAACUAGAAUUAUUUACGGAGGUUCUGUAAAUGGAGCAAACUGCAAAGAAUUGGCAACACAACUAGAUGUGGAUGGUUUUUUGGUUGGUGGAGCUUCCUUAAAGCCGGAGUUCAUCGACAUCAUCAAGUCUGCCACUGUAAAGAAGAGUGCUUAAAGUCUGGACGGUCCCUCUACUGUCCUUUAAAAAUGCUGGCUGAGCAACUUAAGCUGUAAUUUUGUAGUCUUGGUGUCCUGGAACUAGAGGUUAGCUGGACGUCUCCCAGUAUUAUAAUCUUCCCUUUUUCAUGUCUGUUGAGGUGAGGACCCAUCUUUGUUUUCAACUCAAAUAAAGAUCGGACACGAGUCUGCUUCUUUUUUGUGGAACCGUAUCAUAACAUCUUAAAAAUCUUAUAAUAAAACCAGACUAUUAUUGCCACAAAUAAAGAAAGCGAGUGCACUAUAUGUGAAUUUUGUUGUA